AGCACUGGCAAAAGAUAUCAGUAGUACACAGCAUUCGACUUAACUAAAAUAUAAGGUACAGUCAUGUUUGCUAUUUUGCUGAUUGCAUCAUUGUUUGGCCAAGGUCUGACAAUAGUGAGCUACGGAAACGACUUCAUCACUGCAUUUCCAGAAAACAUAGGUUACUUCUAUCCACUCAAUUCCACGGAAAUUAUAAGAGUCACUGCCCUUCAUAGUGACACACAUUUUAAAGUCACCUACAGAGGCACAGAGAAGACAAUAACUAUCGCACAGUCAGGGGAGACCAGCGCUGUGACAAUGCAAGGAAGUUUUGAAAUAAAUCAACUAAAUCAGUACGAUAGAUCUGUCCGAAUUACCAGUGAUAAAAAUAUCACAGUGGUUUCUUAUAGUUGUCGGGAAAACAGUGUCCAGACAAAUGUUGUUCAGCCCACUACAAAUCUCGGAACAAACUAUUCGAUCCCUUCCCUGGACUACACGGAGUUGCUUGGAUCAUUCACCCAGUUUAUGUCAGCCAGUGGAUCAGUGAGAUACAGCACAUUCAAGUUGCUCAUUAUCAAUGCAGUGGGCAAUGAAAACAAAAUCACAUUAUUCAAGAAAACAGAGACGGACAUUGAAGAAGAGACAUUGAGCCUUGAGGGCUACCAGCAUUUCCAGGUUUUGACCAGUGGUUCUGUGGUGAGGGUUGAAUCAAGCCAUGAAAUAGCUGUGAUACUGACCCACCCCUGUGCAGAGACUGCAGCCUGUGCAUGUAACAUGGUAAUGAAUCAGAUUCUUCCCACAAAAUUUCAAGGUCAAAAUUUUGUUGUGCCCUCCAUCUUGAACGCAGCUCUGACCGAGUUACUUGUGGCAACGGAUCAAAACACAUCCUCACUAUUUUAUAACAGCAAUCAAUUACAGCCUAUCAAUAAUUCCUCAAUGCUCCUGCCAUUUCCGUAUCUGCAGACUGCAUCUCAGUACUUAACUGCUUCAGAAAACGUGUCCCUCAGACUUCUGAGUCCAGGCCUCAUCAUGGAAUUGAUCCCAGAAAACAUGUUCUCUGCUUGCUACCUGCUGCAGUUCUUCUCAAGUACAGGUUGGGCCUUUGUGAUAGCUGAAACAGACAGCAAAGAUGAUGUUUAUUUACAGUAUAGUCCACUUUCGGCUCAAUGGACCGAAAUUGCAGGCACAAAGUACUCUUCGGCUAGAGUAAAUAUAAACUACCAAACAGCUGUCAUCUGGCAUCGAACAUCAAGGAUUGCCGUUUAUAUGCUGGACAGUAAAAACACAAUAGUUUUUGGAGGUCCAGCUAUAUCUAUAAAUGAAAGACCAGAUUUUUAUGGCUGUGUGGUGAAGCCUGGACAGUUCCUAGUUGGAAAUGAAAAAAUGACUUGGCUUGAGUCCCGUGAGUACUGCAUGACUACCACAAAUCAGUUCGCUUGCCCCAUAAAUGAGGAUAUGCUGAAGGAUAUGACCAAUACCCUGAGCUCACAGCAGGAGCAAGUCUGGAUCGGUCUACGCCGGAGUCUUCUCACUACAGAGUUGUACUGGCAGGAUGAGAGUCAAAACUCACCCCCUGUGAAGUAUGUGAACUGGGCCAGCAAUAAUCCACAGAAUUUUUGGAGGGGCAUGUGUAUGUCCAUGGAUCCAGAAAAUGAAUUCAAAUGGAAAAAUGCUCGCUGCUGUAAUAAAAAGCUGCCUAUAUGCUACAGAAGGCCUAACUAUUUAACUCUGUCACAAAUCAUUACUUCUAGUUGGUAAAGUUCUCAGUUAUAUGACCACCAAUAUAUUUUAGUUCUACUCUGCAUAAUGCCUUUUCAUGAGCUUAAAAUGGAAAAUGAUGGCACAGAUAGUUUAUGUAAUGAGGUAAUCCACACCAGCCAACAUACACCUUGUUUUUGUCAUUUUGCUAAAUGUAAUAUAUACAGUACUGUACAAAAGACUUUAUAAGGUGUUUCACAAAAGCAUUGUCUUAAGAUGGUUAUUUAUAUUUUCAUCUUUAGUGUGUCAAUAGCUAUCAAAUAUAUAGAAGAACUGUGGCAAAUUCUCCAAGAGCUUGGAACAUCCUAUCUGUGUCUAGGUGUCCCUAGGAGAAUUGGUGCUGUUUUAAAGGCAAAGGUGGUCACACUGAAUAUUAAUUUUGUUUUUUUAUGUUUACUGGACUUUGUUUGACAUUAAGUGAUGAAUGAAAAAUAUUUGUCAUUAUUGUAAGACAUCCUCACUAUGCAACAUUUUUUACAAGUGCCUAAAACUUUGGCACAGUACUGUAUAUAUAUAUUGAUAUGAAUGUAUGGAGGAGACUUAAAACAGAUGCUGAAUUAAUCUCCAACUGCCGACUAUAUAAUUUAGUAUUGCACAUACAAAAUCAACAAUAAAAUUUUAGCUACAAUAAGCUUUUAUUAAGUAAAUUAUAUACAUUAAAAAUUUAUUUGAAAUAUUCCAUUAAACCACUUUAGAUGGUAAUAUUAUUAGUAACAUUAAAAUAGUUUUGGUGUCAUGCGUCUGUGCUUUCCUUUUUUCCAACAUUAAAUCUCAUCUCAUGAUUUUUGAUUGUGACUUUAUGCUUAACAAUAGCAACAGCCUUUUUAGUUUCUGGUGGGAGGUACUUGAAAUGAACGGAUUACACUUUCUAUGAAAAAUCCAUUAUACAUACAUGUAUGUUCUUAAAGCAUUAUAAAGCUAUUCAUAAUUCCUUACAAAAUACAUUGUAGUCUGUCAUAUGUUUUCAUAAAUAAUUGUAACAAGAUACUACUUAUCUAUGGUUA